AUGUGGGAUGGCUGUAAUUACCAUCCUCACAAUUCAAUUCAUGUCCUCCUUCAACGGUCCUUGAUAAAAAUUAGAGAUAAUAAGUUUUGGAUGCAUUAUCUAUUGCGAGAUCUGGGAACGUACAUCAUCUGGAAAGAAUAUCCUCUCGGAAUUUGUAGGGUUUGGAUUCAAGAUGAAGCCCUGGAACUACUGCAGAAAAAAGAGGAAAAAUGGAAGAGUAUAAAUGAAGACGUACAAGCAUUAAGCCUGACAUCCAGCUGCAGCUGCACCUUUAAACCUGAACAAUUAGCUGCUCUACCAAAUCUAAGGUUCAUUCGAGUGAAAGGCAUUAAUUUUUUCAGCAACUUCGAUAAUCAUCUUUCAGAGCUAAGAUGGCUUUCUUGGCAAGUGAGGCAAAUGACUUUCCAGGCGAGUAACUUUCACUUUAGUAAAUUGGUCGUGCUUGACCUUUCAAAUAGCAAGAUUGCAGAUGGCUGGGGUGGGCGGAGCCAAAUGAAGGUAUGA